AUGAGCCCCAAUCCAAGAAAGUUGAAUGUUUUUGUGAUCGCGCAUCCGGACGAUGAGAGCAUGUUCUUUAUUCCAACAAUCCGCGCACUACAACAACACGAAUCGGAAUCGAAAAUUUGGCUGCUCUGCUUAACGACUGGUGACUACGAUGGUCUCGGAAAAGCACGCGUUAAAGAACUUGAAAAGGCGAGCUAUGAUGUGCUGGGGAUUGAUCGAGUUAUACAGUUGAACGAAUUGAAGGACCACCCCACAGAAUCCUGGUCGAUAGAUCAAGCAACGCAAUGCCUCAGAGCGUGCCUGAGACAAGAAAUCGACAACGACGCACAAAAAUACAGCAAAAUAUGCAUAUUCACAUUUGACCAGGACGGCGUCUCAGGGCAUAUCAACCAUCGUGAUACAUUUUUGGCAGUGCGUCAACUUUACUUGGAAGAACAAGAGAGCGGAUUUUCUUCGACUGAAAGAGAUUUAUCACUGCCAGCGAAGUUGAUGGUGUUCCUUCUCGAAACCGAGCCUUCUUUGUUUCAAAAGUAUUUUCCCGUGUACGAAUGGCUAUCGCUGAUACUUUUCUGGAUACACCUCGUACCACAGAUAUCGUCUUUCAAGUACGACGGGCCUAGCCAUGUGAAGGAGCUUGUUUUUCGACUUAGAUACCCUUGUCUGAACUGGCGGGCAAUGGCAACUCACCGAUCGCAAUUUGUCUGGUAUCGGCGCUUGUUCGUUGUUUUCAGCUGCUACACUUAUGUGAAUCGGCUGAAGAAUCUCGGGCCAGAUCUUCCGAAGGCAAAGCAACUCGUCCGUACGUGA